AUGUGGAACCAAAAGCCGAGUUUUAGGUUUGCGAUAGAUAACUUGUCAGAGAAGGAAGGUGUCAUAUCGUCUACCAUAUUCAAGUGCGGCGGAUGUGAAUGGUUUCUCUCCAUUUAUCCUAAGGGAGCUCGUUCUGCUGAUGGUUACUUGUCUGUGUACCUUAGCGUUGCAAAUUCUUCAAAGUUGCCAACUGGAUGGAAAAGGAGUAUUGACCAUUACUUCGUUCUCUUGAAUCAAUCCGACGAAGAACUCCGCAGAUCACCAAUUACAAUGGGCAACUCGUUUUGCGCUAAGACUCCAUCAUGGGGUUACCGGAAUCUCUUGCCUCUAAGCAAGUUUCAGGAAAAAGGGGUUUUGGAGAAUGAUAAACUCAUCAUUGAAGUCUACAUCAAUGUUAAUGUUGAAGCAGCUUUUGAUGGAGAAGGUGGAGAUGUAUCCGACAACAAGAAGCAGAAGACUGUUGAUAUCAACGGUUUUCAAGUUUUUGCUUCUCAGGUUACUAAAGUGGGAAAGAUAUUCACAGAGCACCCAGAAUUUGCAAAAGAUUUCAAACCAACGAACCAAGAAGUGAAGACAGCAUACAUGAAUGUCCUCCUCAGGGUCAUUAAAACACUUAAUAAGCCUCCAAUGAGCCUUUCAGAGACUAGACUGAGCAAGGCUAGCAGCGAGUUGAGUGAGCUGAUGAACGUAGGUUUCAAGCUUGACUGGUUGAAGUCUAAGCUAGAGGAGGUUUCUUUGGAUAGGAAUAAACCAGAUGUUGAUGGGUCAAAGGUCCAACAAAUCGAGGACCGUGUCGAGCAUCUUGAGCUGAAGCUCGAUGAUCUUUCCUUUGGGAGUAAGAUAUCGGAUUAUGAUAAUGAGUCUCGUGCCCGACAAGUAGAGAAACUUGUCAAGAAUCUUGAGCUGAAGCUUAAUGAGGUUUCCUUGGGAAGGAAGAUAUGGGAUGAUGAUAAUGAGGCUCGUGCCAAACAAAUAGAGGAACGUGUCAAGAAUCUUGAGCUGAAGCAUGAUGAGGUUUCCUUGGGGAGGAAGAAAGCAGAUGAUACUAAUGAGUCUCGUGCCAAACAAUUAGAGAAACGUGUCAAGAAUCUUGAGCUGAAGGAAUUGGCCUUCAAGCUUGACUCUUUGGAGAGGAAGAAAGCAGAGGAUAUUAAUGAGUCCCUUGCCAAAAAAGUAGAGCAAAGUGUCAAGAAUCUUGCGCUGAUGGAAUUGGGGUUUAAUAAGCGUUUGAAUACGAUCCUUGGUGACUUGGAGAGGAAAAAAUCAUAUGAGACUAGUGUCUUUGACUCUCGAAUCCAACGAGUUGAGGAACAUGUCAACGGUCUACGAUUCAAGCUGGAGAGUUUGAUUACAAAGCUGGAAGAGAUCUCCAAUGAGAAGAAGAAAGCUGAUGAUGUUAAUGGUUUUCUGAUUCAACAACUCGAGCAAAGUAUCAAGAACAUUGAGUUGAUGGUCUCCCAUGUCAAAAUUGAACUUGACAAGAAAAAGGAUAAAUCUUGUGCUGAUGGGUUUCUGUUGGUUGAUUAG